CGCGGCGGCAGCGAGGCGUGCGCGUGCCCCGACGGCAUGCGGACCGGCGUCAACGGGACCCUCCUGGCCGCGCCCGCUCUGCUCCCCGUCGAAGGCGGCCCGUCCCCUCUGCACCUGCUCUCGACCAGCGCCGCGGCCACCCUGGGCCUCGUCCUCAACGCCUACAUCCUCACCGUGCUCCUCUGGCAGCGCCAGUUCCGCACGGCCAACAACCUGCUGCUCCUGCACCUGGCCUUCGUGGACAGCCUGCUGUGUCUGCUCGUGCUGGGCUCCAACGUGCUGUUCGCGGCCCUCGACGAGCCCGAGGCCCAGGCGGGCGCCUGCCAGACGCAGGGCACCCUGUGGGCAGCCGUGCCCACGGUCCUGGUGUGGACCCUGUGCGGUCUCAGCUGCGACCGGUACGCGGCCAUCGCGAGUCCGCUCCACUACUCGCGCCUAGUGAACACGCGACGGACAUGUGUCUUCCUCGGCUCGUCCUGGGUGCUGGCGCUGAGCGCGGCGGUGCCGCCGCUGGCCCGCGUCUGUCCGUACACGUACCGGGCGGCCCGCUGCGUCUGCGUGGCCCAGUGCGCCGGCAACGGACCUCUGGAACUGGGAUACGCGCUGAGUUACGUGUGGCUCGCGCUGGUGUUUCCGGCGUCGCUGAUCGCCGCCUCCAACCUGCAGGUGCUGCUCAUCGCCAGGACGCACCGGCAUCGCAUCGUGGCUGCCAUCUACGAGGUCACGCUGCGGGCCCAGGCAACGGUGACCCACCAGCGCAACCCGUGGUACCUGGCCCGCUUCCGCGGCCGCAGCGCCCUCCUCUCCACGGCGCAGCUCCUGGCCUCCCUGGCCCUCCUCAUGGCUCCCCACUUCGGCCUGCUCCUCUGGGAAGCAGCCACGGGACGUCGAGGUCCGGCCGCCAUCGCGUCGGCCACCACGGCGCUGCUUUGCUGGACGCCCUGCGCCCACGCUUACGUGUACGGGGUACGGAGUCGGGCCCUGCGGCAGACCUUCAAGGACCUCUUGAGGAGGCACGUCUACCGACAGCAGGUGGGCCGCGAGGCGGCCAGGAGACUUUCCACGGCCAAUGGUGGCUACCCCAAUGGUCGCCCCAAGCUCAUUCGACGGUUCUCGGCACCCGAUGGCCUGGGCACCACCAUCGGGUCCACGAACAAGAAGAGGGUCUUGCCUCGACGGGCCUCCGAGAAGUGCAUGCUCGUGCGGGGUGCCGUGUGUCCGAUGACGUCGCCGUCGUCGGCGCCGUCGUCCCGGAGGUCGCUCCUCGUUUUGGACAAUGGGAUGACGCCGGCCAUGGCCUCGGCGAGGCCUACCAGCAGGGUGUCUGUGUUCCCGCUCAUCCUCGAGAACGGACUCAGUGAGGAGGAGGAACUGGGACGACGCGGCGGCGGCGACGACGACUCGAGGUCGAUGUCAAGGGCCACACCGGACUCGACGGCCACAAGGUGGGUGGACCAAGUGGCCGGAAGGCUAGCGGUGUUCUGGGCGAGCCCCAGGGCCGCAUCCUGGGAGGCCCUCGAGAGGUCCGAUUUGCACCACGUGUGAUGAAGGGACGAUGCCCGAGCGCCGUCGUGGGCGAGGAUGUCUCCGUCUUGUGUUCGUGCAUGGGCGUCGUGACGCUUUGGUGUUCCUCUUUGGUUCAAAUUUUCUUUUUCGUUUUUUUGUGUUGUACAUAAUAAAUUUAUCGAAGGACUACGA